UUCUGGGAAGGAGGGUAGUGGCAGAAAUAAGAGGGAGAGGGGGUGAAAGAGAGAGAGAGAGAGCGAGAGAGAGAGAGGGAGGGGAGGAGGAGGAGGUAAAAAGGCAAGACAUAGUAGGACAGAGUGUGUUGGAGGGCAGCAUACAGUAGCAUACUGCUGUGUUGUGAUUAUGGAGUGAGCAUGGCAGCAGCAGGACCAAAACAAGAGGAGAGGAGGACACAGUGAGGACACAGCUUGGUUUCAUGCCUGAUCAAUAAAGGGGAGAUUGGGUCAGAAUCUGAGCAUUGGAAAAGAGGCUCAUUUAGCAGCAUUGCUUUGCAGGACUGACCGCCUGCAGACUCCUCUGAGUUUGAAUUCCACCAACAAGGGAUUUUUCAAAUAUGAGGACAAAGUGACUUCAAACCUCGAGGACCGAGGAGGACGUACAAACAGAAAGCGGAAAACUAGCUCCUGACAUUUGGACUCAAGAAAACAAGACAUCUUGCAGCAGGAUCAAACAAACACUCAGACGGAUGUAAUGGUGUGGAAACGCUGCCGCUCUCUCGUAUUAUCAGACUUUUGAGUCGGUCAGACAAAGGGAUGGGGAGGCGAGCGGCUGACCUGACGACUCCGGUUCCAGUUUUAGGUGUCCCCGCUCUGGUUGGAGUGCGUGGUUUGAAGACAACAGGAGGAGACAGAAGCGGAGGAGCCCUGCUGCAGACGUGGGGACUUCAUUGCAGUGUUGGUGUUCAGACGUCCCCGGGGAUCAGCAGACCACCUACCCAGCAUGGUGUACAGCUAACUGAUACGCUCGCCACGCCAUCAGAUAGCAUUACUCCAACAUCCAACAGCUAUAUUACCAAGGAAACGGAGUACAAGGAGAUAUUCCUGCUAACAAAGAGUGACAAGGAGAAAAGGGCUAUUUUAAAACAGAAAAGUGGGGAAUCCAAGACCAAAAAGGAAGUGACUUUCAAAGCACUUGGAGGUGAGGCCUCUGAGGAUGUGGCCUGCGUUCAGAGGAACAGUAGUGGGACUUUUUGCUAUGCCAGGGCAAUCAAGACCAACCCACACUUCACAGGGAACGUAACCAAUGUCAGGCCUAAACUGAAAUCUGCUGCCCGCUAUACCAACGGCAGCGUGGUAGAUUCAGAGGCCAUCGGUGGGAUCAGUGUCGAUAACGAUGAAGCGGAGCCUGUGAAGAGUGCAACCUCUCGUGGAAGAGACCAAACCAGACUGCAAGGUCAUUAUGCAGAGCAGUCUGGGAAGGCACUGCUGUUAUCUGCACCCGGACCUUUUGAUGUGCCACAAAAAAUAUGCAGCCAUUGUGGUGGGAGACAGUCUGUAACUACCGGCGCUGCCACUUUGAGGGAGAAAAGCCCGACUGCUGAUGUUUGCCCAUUGAAGUCAGCCCUCACCACGCUCUCCACGACCACACAUUUCCAGAUGCCCCAUAUUGAGAGAAACGGAGACCUCAAACAAACCCAGCAUCAAAUCACAAACAGAGACAACAGGACGCCCAUUACAGCCAAUCCUCAAAUUUUAUAUCUUAAAGAAGAACUAAGAUAUAGAAAAACACCACAUCCUGCAUGUCCAGUGCACUCGAGAGGUAAUCUGCUCCCUGUGUCGCACACACAUGCCGCUGGUGAUGCAACCUCCACCCAACCCACAACCAUCCUCCAUGCUAAAACCAUCACUGUCACCAAAGCAACGAUCGAAAUGAGACAAGAUGAGACAAAAUCCUUUGGAAGACCAACACAGGACAGUAAGUCCCCCCGACCGACAAGUCUCACGUUGACUCCACAGAUGGCCACAGCCACCAGGCCGAACAACCCACAUUCACACACCUAUCCGAAACUCCUGAAGACGUCGCAACGCAGCUCCACACAAUAUAAUGCGCCUCAGAAUGUAUGUGUAUCUGUACACGCCACGCCUGAAAAGACUCUGUCUCCGCCUCCUCGUUCAAACACUACAGGACCUGGAAACACGUCCAACACCGACACGCACAAAAUGACCACCACCUUUACUCCCGCACUGACGUCCACGAACAGAGAACCUGCUCAACAUGAAACCACGCCGCUGCGCUCAACGCACACGGCACCAGUAAACAAGGCAACAAAUACCACCGCUAGCCCACGAAUGACUCUGAAAAGUCCCACCUCAUCAAACGCAUCAGACCUCAUUCAUAAGGCGGAGACAACUGCACAGCAUGCAGCUGCAAGUCCACCACCUGCUCCAGUUCAGAAACCGCCAGAGAAGCUCUCCUCAGAAGUUCACAUCAACACGGCUGCAUCGCCCACUUUUAAUACACCACACACAACUGUUGCUCCACAGGAUCAUAACGCUACUUCAGGUCAAAGUGAACAUACCAGAGCUAAACAAAGUGCGAAAUCUGUGGUCAGACAAAUUCACCUAAUUCAGCCGAACGCCUCAAAUUCUGAACCAACACUUCACGUAUCUACAGCAUCUCUAAACACAACAUCUAGUGCGACUAAACCCUUACACUCCAGAGCCGGGUUCCCUUCAAGUGCAACUCCAAGCUCCGCGUCUACACGUAACAGCACUCAGUUCAAAAGUAUCGCCCUCAGGAACUCCUCAGUCAGUCUGAAAUAUUCACCAUCUACAACUCGCUCGAAAAACCAAAGUCAUGUCUGUGCAUCAAGUACAACUCUGCUUCAAUCAACAGACACGACACGAGAAGAACUCCAUCGUAAUGAAGCAUCACACGCGAAUAAACCCCGUCACACACCAGAGACAGAGAUCAGAGCUCAAACCAGGGAUGAAUCUGUUGUCUGUGGUGUUUCCAAUCAGGAAAACAACUCCGUAACAACUCCAUUAUCUGCAUCACCUAAGCCACUUAAUGUAUCAACACAUCACAACAGAGGCAGUGAUGCAAGCACCCACAAUCUUAAAUCAAUAAUGAAUCCAACUACUCAAUCAUGUGCUGAUAAAUACAAAUUGAGUGGUAAUCUAAUCAAUGAAUUAGUUGUGCAUGAGUCAAAAGACCAUGAAAAUUCAAAUCUAUCACAGGUCACUAACCUUCAGAAUCACAUUUCCCUAAUUAAGUCAAGCAGCUCUUGUCUGCAGGGCUGCAUAAACACGGAACAACAAAGGCCCGCACAUUAUCAAGGAAACACAAAAACAGAACACGAGGGACACUGUGCUGCUUGCCCACCAGUGAAAACAGCCCAGGAGACAGAUUCAAAUACAGAACAGUUUGCCUUGGGUCUAUCAGCCAGGCAUGCAAAAAUGAAGCUUAAAUCCAAUUCAGAUAAACAGACACAUCCCAGUUACUCAACAUCCUCUGUCACAGCACAAACAGACUGCAUCAGCUCAUCACCGGCAAACACUGGAGCACAUGUUGACCCUAUCACCCAAUCCUCUGUCCACCAAGACUCUGAUUCAGAGAUAUCAUCAUCAUCACCACCGCAAGCACACGCAGGUCCAGAGCUUCCCCUCACGUCCCCAGCCCCGUCUAGCAGUGAGCCAGCGCUCUGCACACACACGGGCCCCGAAUGUAAUUCCAUAUUGUUGUCAUCAACGAUGCACUUGGCAUCCCGUCCCCGCCUCCGGUCCUGCGAGGCCGAGGCAAUCGUCAGGCCAGAUUCAAAGUUUAGCCCGGCUCCCCCUCGGCCUUGCCCAGACGACUCCGGCCUGGCUCACUCCCACCCAGCUGAUGUAGCCCUGUUGCUGCCCCCCUCCCCACAGUGCUGCAAAUCAGCAGCCCUACAGCAGAGGCUGGAGACAGUGGAGGCCAGCCUGGCAGCCAACAAGGACAGGAUCACUACUCUGCUUAACAUUAUCCAUGACCUGGAGACGUGCCACACUCCCAGCAGCGGUCGGCGAUGCUUCAAAACUGGACAGGACCUGAACAACUGCUCCACCUGCCAGAAGACAGCUUGUAUCGUCUACAGUGUGGAGUACGACUUCAGGCAGCAGGAGAGACGCUUCUUGGAGGUUCUGAAUCAUUCAGCAAGGGGAAACAACCCUUUCUCCAUGCGCCUAUCUCAGCCCUUAAACUUCAGCCUGCUCAGAAAUGUCAUCAUCAGGAACUUAACAAAGUCAAAGGUGAAAAGCAAAAAGCUGUGCAAGACCCUGUUCAAAUGGCUGCCCAGGAAAAUCCAGCAGGCGUAGACCUCUCAACAAAACCCGCGUGCUGUUUAAUAGCCAUAGCCUGUGUUACAAGUGACCAGCAGAAGCCUUUGCAGAAGACUCUUAUGAUUCCCCUCCUCCCCUUACAGUGAGAUGACUCUGAAUUAGGUUCUCGCCCAGUAGAGCUCCACUGUCCUGCACAUCGUCAAAGCUCAUAAGCAGGAUUUUGUACUCAAGUUUGCCCCUGAUCUUUGUGACCUUCAGCUACUAUCACACGUAAAGAAUUCUAUAUAUCACUUUUGAAAGUUAAUAUUAAUUUGUUGUCAACAUGCCUGCUUCAAAUAGCCACAGAUUUCUUUAUCUCAUUUUACACAUGAGAACCUGUUCUCUCUUCACUGUUAUGAUUAAUACACUAUCAGUUCCAGUUGAUGUUACAUUUCCCUUUCAAAUAUCCCCUCACCUGCUUCCCCUCAGAAUAAAUGUGCAGUAUAAAAGAUGUUUUUGAAUGGAAUUAUUUUGAAAUGCAGAAAUAAAUCUGAAUUUA